AACAAUAAAGACUGUAUCUCAGCUUAAACACCAUCCAGCACAAGUGUACUGUUCCUUCCUCUCACCAAGAAGAAUAUGAAGAAUAAGAAGAGUUCUGCUCCACAAGAAGCAGAAACACGUCCUUCCAGGUGUCCAGAUAACAGUGCAUUCAAACAACAGAAGCUACCGGCGUGGAAACCCCAGCUCACCGCUGCAUCUGUGCUCUCCACUUUCUUUCUCACGGGAGCAUUUUGCCUUUCUGUGGGAGUCUCCCUCAUAGUAGCUGCAAAGAGCGUCAGAGAAAUCCAGGUUGAUUAUUCAGAUAAAUGCUCACAUUGUUCAAAACUUCGUGAAAAUUCCUCUAAUUGGAACAGUGAAUGCCUCUGUUCUAUCAAUAUCACACUAGCAGAAGAUAUGCUGGGUGAUGUUUUUAUGUACUACGGCCUGCAAAACUUCUAUCAAAAUCACCGUCGAUAUGCACUAUCUAGGAGCGAUGAACAACUGUUGGGUCGAAAUGUAGAUGUUCAGAACAGCUACUGUGCACCCUUUGCCACUUACCAAAAUGGAACACCAAUGGCUCCUUGCGGUGCUAUUGCCAACAGCAUGUUCAAUGAUACUAUUGAUCUUUUUUACAAUUUUAACUCAUCUGUUAUUCAAGUACCGCUGCUGAAGACUGGCAACAGUUGGUGGACAGAUAAAAAUGUGAAAUUUCGCAAUCCAGAAUCACACAAUCUCUCUGCUGCAUUUGCAGGAACAGCAAGACCUCCGUACUGGCAUAAAGCAGUGUAUUUGUUAGAUGAGGAAGAUGAAAAGAAUAAUGGUUAUAUAAAUGAUGACUUCAUUAUCUGGAUGCGAGUAUCAGCCUUCGCUACGUUCAGAAACCUUUAUCGUCGUAUCAGCCGGAAAGGGCAGUUUACUGAUGGCCUCCCAGCAGGGAAUUAUACUUUUCAUAUUUCGUACAACUUCCCCGUUUCCAAAUUCAAGGGGAAGAAGUAUGUGAUUCUUUCAACCAUGGUAUGGAGUGGAGGAAGUAACCCGUUCCUGGGAAUUGCCUAUUUGGUUUGUGGCGCAGCAGCAACCCUGACAGGUUUUAUCAUAACUGCCAUCCACUUAAAGCUCAGAAAAAAGAAAACAUACUUUCAGAGACGCAAACGUUCCCUGGAUUGCUCAGCGAAGGCAAAUGUGUGCUGUGAAUGAAGAAUGGGCAGCAUGGAUCUUUCAUUCUCUCCCCUAAGCUCUGGGUUUGCUUUAGUAACAGGUUUGGUGAAUGCAAGCAAACUGAGGGACAGUGCUCAAUCAUCGUCCAAACCCAAACUUAAGUGAGGCUGCAUUAUUAUUAAUGCAUAUAUGGUCCUAAAUUUGUUUCCUAGGAAACUUGUAGUGAGAUGAGUGUCAAACAACAGAUAGCAUAGUGGUUUGGGAUUGCAGUGGCAGCAAAACUACAUGGUAGUACUGUUGGUCCAGAAGUCAGGGUCUAUACUCAUUUCUUACUCAGCCCUUUGUUGCUAUGGUAUUUCUAUUGACUAAAAUGCAGCUUUGGAUGGGUAAAAAGUGAGGUCUUGGUCCAGCAACGAGCUUGAGCUGGUAGAACCUAAUGCUAAACCCCCCUUGUUGGCCACAUGCAUGGGCUGACUGUCUUGGCAUGGGUUGUACAAAGCUCUUUCAACUAUCCUGGAGAAGCACACCAUUUAUUUGUGUAUUAGCGUAGGAUAAUCAUCACAGCUCAAUACUUGCAACAGAAUACAGAUCAUGUUUUAGAAACGUGGAGUGUGUUUAAACCCUUUGUUGUGUUGGUUUUAUACGAGCACCAAGACUAGCCUGCAGAGCUAGAUAGAGGACAUGAAAACAUCAACUUACAUAUGGAAUGUCUGUUCCCUGCUCAAGUCCCCAUUUCUGUGGUGCAGAAACUCAACGUCAGCAGUAAACAUAAAACGUUAGAAAAUCUGACAACUUCAUUUUCAGAAAAGGAAUGCUGCAGCUGGUGAAUAGACCGUUAUCCAUUUUCAUCUUCUAUGUUCAAAAUUUCAGAUGCUUUGAAGCUAUUUCCAGAAUGCAGGAAUAACGCUGAAGAAUUGAGGUCAAGAAUAGCAUAGCACGUGUGAGUUCUUAAAAACAAUUCUUCCCUUGCACAAGUGGGAAUGGAAUAGAACGCUCUUAAGGAAUUUCUUUGAUAAGUACUGUGUGUGCCUUACCCUCUUCCCCACAGAAAAGCCCAGACCAUUGAGAUUACAAAGAGAACACAGACUAGAGCAAGAGAAGGGAAUGUGGCAUAGGGAAGCUGUGUGAUGCUAUCAAAUCUGGCUUGCUCUUAAAGAUGCCCAGGUCUGUCUUUAAAAAUGCAUCCAGCACUUAGGACGUGGAACUUUGGCAGAUAGCCUCUGGUGAAUCAGAAUGUACUGUUUCUUUCAAUGUCUGCCUCUUAAUUGUGCCGUGAGCAGCGGAAAACACGCUGCUGAGGUUCACAGCCUGGCCUGUCAUUACAAGCUUGCUCCACCAAUGUCUUAAGCUGAUCUUCUGGGCUAACACGUCUUCUUUUGCUCAUCCUGGUCAGGGCCAGUCUCCUCCAUCAGAAAGCUGUGAAAACAAGGUUCCGGGAUUUCAAACCACUGCAUCUAUCUAGUCCUGCCAGGGGCUUGGGAGAGCCCUAUCCCCGACUGGACUGGACAAGACAGGGCACGAAGCAGUGCAUUUAGCAAUGCUUAAGCUCAUUAUUCUAAAUCACUUUAAACAAUGAGACAUGCUCCUGGACCUUCUAAGUGCUUUUGAAAAUUUAAUCCCAUGCAGCCCUCUGGAAGGCCCUGCUGGUGUUGCUGACAAAGCUAAAUCAGGACUUAUAGCUCCAAACAGACCACAGGACUCUCUUUCUUCUUUUUUUCUUCGUAAUGCUUUUUUUUUUUCUUUUCCCUAUUCUCUUUGUGUGUGUGUUUUGGUGUUUUUUUUUUUCCUUGUUUCUUUUUUUUUUCUUAAUCCUCUGAGAAACUGACUUUCAGGAAAUGAUAUGUCAUCUGAGUGCUUAAGCCACAGCACAAUUGCCAUUGGUUCUAUUUCCUCAUGGAGCAUCUAGUAAAAAUGUUACUAAACUGAGACUGAAUGACAAGGUGUGCAUUCCAGUGAUUCAGUGUCUAUAAUAAAGAAAAAAAAUGUUUAGAAAAUGCA